GAGGUUGAGCCCUCAGACUCCAUUGAGAAUGUGAAGGCUAAGAUCCAGGACAAGGAGGGCAUCCCCCCAGAUCAGCAGAGACUGAUCUUCGCCGGCAAGCAACUUGAGGAUGGCCGCACCUUGUCUGACUACAACAUCCAGAAAGAAUCUACCCUCCAUCUUGUUCUCCGUCUGCGUGGUGGUAUGCAGAUUUUCGUCAAGACCCUUACAGGCAAGACCAUCACUCUGGAGGUUGAGCCCUCGGAUUCCAUCGAGAACGUCAAGGCUAAGAUCCAGGACAAAGAGGGCAUCCCCCCAGAUCAGCAGCGACUGAUCUUCGCCGGCAAGCAACUCGAGGACGGCCGCACCUUGUCUGACUACAACAUCCAGAAAGAAUCCACCCUCCAUCUUGUUCUCCGUCUGCGUGGUGGUAUGCAGAUCUUCGUGAAGACCCUGACAGGCAAGACCAUCACUCUGGAGGUUGAGCCCUCAGAUUCUAUCGAGAAUGUUAAGGCCAAGAUCCAAGACAAGGAGGGUAUUCCCCCAGAUCAGCAGAGAUUGAUUUUCGCUGGCAAGCAACUUGAGGAUGGCCGCACCUUGUCAGACUACAACAUCCAAAAAGAAUCAACACUUCACUUGGUUCUUCGUCUGCGUGGUGGAAUGCAGAUUUUUGUCAAGACUCUUACCGGCAAGACCAUCACACUAGAGGUUGAGCCCUCUGACUCAAUUGAGAAUGUGAAGGCCAAAAUCCAGGACAAGGAGGGCAUUCCCCCAGACCAGCAGCGUCUGAUCUUUGCUGGCAAGCAGCUUGAGGAUGGCCGAACCCUCUCUGACUAUAACAUUCAGAAAGAGUCAACCCUCCAUCUUGUUCUUCGUCUACGUGGUGGUAUGCAGAUUUUCGUUAAGACGCUUACCGGCAAGACCAUCACCCUGGAGGUUGAGCCCUCAGACUCCAUUGAGAAUGUGAAGGCUAAGAUCCAGGACAAGGAGGGC